UUCUUCAUCUUCAUCUUCAUUCCAUCUGUGAUUCUCUCUUUCUCACACAUUCAGAGACAAACAUGGCAAGAAAUCCAAUGAUGUUUCUUUCUUGUCUACUUCUUUCUCUAGACAUUGCCAUUACCAUUGCUGUUUCUUCUUCCCCUGUUCAGGAUCCUGAGCUGGUUGUUCGUGAAGUUCAUGAGAGAAUCAAUAAUGCUUCAAGAAGAAAUCUUGGAUACCUCUCAUGUGGAACUGGAAACCCAAUUGACGAUUGCUGGCGUUGUGACUCCAAUUGGGAAAAAAACAGACAAAGACUCGCAGACUGCGCAAUCGGCUUCGGAAAACACGCUGUCGGCGGUCGUGACGGCAAGAUCUACGUAGUAACCGACCCUUCAAACGAUAAUCCAGUAAACCCAAAACCAGGAACACUCCGUCACGCCGUCAUUCAAAACGAACCCCUCUGGAUUAUCUUCGCCAGAGACAUGGUAAUCAAGUUGAAAGAAGAACUCUUAAUGAAUUCCUUCAAAACAAUAGACGGCCGUGGAGCUUCAGUCCACAUCUCCGGCGGCCCCUGCAUCACGAUCCAAUACGUCACCAAUAUCAUAAUCCACGGAAUCAAUAUCCACGACUGUAAACGGGGAGGAAACGCCGAUGUUAGGGACUCGCCUGAGCAUUACGGGUGGAGGACGGUGUCGGAUGGUGAUGGAAUAUCGAUAUUCGGAGGCAGCCAUGUUUGGGUUGAUCAUUGUUCUUUGUCUAACUGUAACGACGGUUUGAUUGAUGCUAUACAUGGUUCAACGGCUAUCACGAUUUCAAAUAAUUACUUGACACAUCAUAAUAAGGUUAUGUUGUUAGGUCAUAGUGAUACUUAUACUCAAGAUAAGAACAUGCAGGCCACCAUUGCUUUUAAUCAUUUCGGAGAAGGCCUUGUUCAGAGAAUGCCGAGAUGUAGACAUGGGUAUUUUCAUGUGGUGAACAAUGAUUAUAGUCAUUGGGAGAUGUAUGCGAUUGGUGGAAGUGCAAAUCCAACAAUUAACAGUCAAGGAAACAGAUUUGCAGCUCCAAAUGAUCGGUUUAACAAAGAGGUGACAAAGCAUGAAGAUGCGCCGGAAAAGGAAUGGAAGAAAUGGAAUUGGAGAUCGGAAGGGGAUUUGUUGUUGAACGGAGCUUUUUUUACGGCGUCCGGCGCCGGAGCAUCGUCAAGUUAUGCAAAAGCAUCGAGCUUGGGGGCUAGACCUUCGAAUAUAGUGGGAUCUAUUACAUCUGCUGCCGGUACUCUUCAUUGCAAGAAGGGUUCAAGAUGUUGAUGAAAUUACAGGAGGGACACCGACAAAAUGACAUGAUAAUAAUUAAUUAUUAAUCUUUUCAAUGUAAUGGGUAGCUAGUAAUUAUUGAUAUGGUGAUCUUUCCUUCAUCCCAUAUUGUGACAGUUUCAAUUAAAGAUAACGGGCAGCUAUGUAUGUUUGUCUGUAUGUCUGUCACUAUUUGUCUAUGGUCCAAGGAUUUAUUUAUUUAAAACCUCGGCCUGGUUUGUUGGA